UUUUAAUGCUUUACUUCUUGUACCGAGAAGAGGCGGUGGGUUGUGAGCAAGAGGAUGGCGGAGAUCUGAUGAGCUGACCCUCCGCUUGUUUAUACCGACUGUGACAGUUUAUCUCAGCUAAUCAGGGAAAUUCCGCCUACGACCAACACUUAACCCACAAUUAUGACCGAGUUCUGGUUGAUCUCCGCUCCUGGGGAGAAAACAUGCCAGCAAACCUGGGAAAAACUCAUGGCCGCCACCAUUAAGAAUAACAACUUGUCUGCCAAUCACAAGUUUAACAUACCUGACUUAAAGGUCGGCACUCUUGAUGUCCUGGUCGGUUUAUCUGAUGAACUGGCUAAACUGGACUCAUUUGUAGAAGGAGCGGUGAAGAAGGUUGCGCAGUAUAUGGCGGAUGUUCUGGAGGACAGCAGAGACAAGGUGCAGGAGAACCUUUUGGCCAGUGGAGUGGAUCUGGUGACAUACAUCACAAGGUUCCAGUGGGACAUGGCAAAGUACCCGAUUAAACAGUCUUUGAAGAACAUUUCAGAAAUAAUUGCUAAAGGUGUUACACAGAUUGAUAAUGACCUGAAAGCAAGAGCUUCUGCCUACAACAACCUGAAAGGAAAUCUUCAAAAUCUCGAAAGAAAAAACGCAGGAAGCUUAAUAACCAGAAGCCUAGCGGAAAUUGUGAAGAAAGACGACUUUGUCCUGGAAUCUGAAUACUUGAUCACUCUAUUAGUUGUCGUUCCAAAAAUUAGUUAUAAUGACUGGGUUAAGCAAUAUGAAACUCUGGCAGAGAUGGUGGUCCCCCGCUCCAGCAGUGUGUUAUCAGAAGACCAGGACAGCUACCUGUGUAAUGUCACCCUCUUCAGAAAAGCAGUGGACGACUUCCGGCACAAAGCCAGAGAAAAUAAGUUUGUGGUCCGUGAUUUCCAGUACAACGAAGAGGAGAUGAAAGCCGAUAAAGAAGAGAUGAACAGACUGUCUACUGAUAAGAAAAAACAGUUCGGUCCUCUAGUACGAUGGCUCAAAGUUAAUUUCAGCGAAGCUUUUAUCGCCUGGAUCCACGUGAAAGCUCUGCGGGUUUUUGUAGAGUCUGUACUAAGGUACGGGUUACCAGUGAACUUUCAAGCCAUGCUGCUUCAGCCCAACAAGAAGACCAUGAAGAAACUCCGGGAAGUCCUGUAUGAUCUGUACAAACACCUGGACAGCAGCGCGGCAUCCAUUAUUGAUGCUCCUAUGGAUAUCCCCGGAUUAAACCUCAGCCAGCAGGAAUACUACCCCUACGUCUACUACAAGAUUGACUGCAAUUUGCUGGAAUUUAAGUAAAACCGUACACUUGUGUUAUUGGCGCAGAGAUGAGUUUGAAGUACAGAGAUUCUCCUCUCUAAUUAACCCUGUGCUUGCUUCUCAUGCCUGUAACCAGGACAACCCUCUCGCCCCACCCCCCUUCCCCUAGUCGCCCCUUUUGACACUUAAUUUGUUUCCUUUUAAAGAAUAUACCGUAGAUAUUGUCACUUUUAUCAAUCAAUGAGUUGUUGUAAAUGUCUGCCGAGGACAGAAGAGUCUAUUUAUAAAGAGAUUUAUUUAAGGCUGGCCUUGCCGCAUGACGCCAAGUUGUAGAUGUCAUCCCUCAUCCGUACGGUGGUCGGCAUUUGUCCUGCUCGUAGCCAGAUCUUGUUUACAAGGGCCCUUGGUGUAAUUGUUUUAUACCAUUCCAUUCACUGUAUUUAGUUCAUAAAUGGUGUUUCAGUGUGCAGUCGUCGUGAUGUAAAGUGUAUGUACUAUUUAAAGUGUGUGCUUUCUGUAUAUUUGAUAAAGAUCUCUAGAGCACUGUCAGCACUCACAAGGAAAAGAAAUAAAACGGUAACCUGGCCACG